UGGGUGCUAAUAAGAUGCUGCUGCUUCUCUGCAACACCCUUCUGAUCAUUCUGGCUGAGCAGCUGCCCUGCAGGGCACAGAACCAGGGGCAGGUGUCGGCCCCAGGGGCCGGUAUGCCCGGUACGCCCGUAGCCGAGCGCAAGCAGUACUGCCGCUGGCCCUGCCGGUGCCCCUCCAGACCCGUCUGUGCGCCGGGCGUCAGCAUGGUGCUGGACGGCUGCGGCUGCUGCAAGGCCUGCGCCCGGCAGAUCGGCCAGGCCUGCAACGAGAAGGACGUCUGCGACCCCCACAAGGGCAUGUACUGCGACUUCUCGGCCGACCGGCCGCGCUUCGAGGUCGGGGUCUGCGCCUACAUGAUGGGUGUAGGAUGUGAGCUGAACGGGGCCUUCUACGACAACGGCCAGGCCUUCCAGCCCAGCCCGCUGUACAAGUGCACGUGCAUCGCUGGCACCAUCGGCUGCAUGCCGGCGUUCGUCCAGAAGCCUGCCGGGCUGCUCGGCCCCGCCCCUCUCCGCGCAGCAGGGCCGCCGGGCUCCCUCCGAAGCGCCGGGUCCGCCAAAAAGCACCAGCAGGACACAACCUACGAGGCCAUGCCAGCUUACAGGGAUCGUCCUUUAGCCUGGAAGAAGAACUGCCUGGUCCAGACCACGCCCUGGAGCCCUUGCUCUCGGACCUGCGGCCUGGGCAUCUCCGUCCGCGUCAACAACGACAACGGGAAGUGCGAGAUGAGGAAGGACCGGCGGCUCUGCCUCCUCAGGCCGUGUGAGAAGAGCGUCAUCAGGAGCGUGAAGAUACCGAAGGGGAAGACCUGUCGGCCCAAGUUCCAGGCCAAGAAGGCGGAGAAGCUGACCCUGUCCGGCUGCUCCAGCAAGCAGGCCUACCGGCCCACGUACUGCGGCGUCUGCAGCGACAAGCGCUGCUGCGUGCCCAACAAGUCGCGCAUGGUGUCCGUGGACUUCAGCUGCGGGAAGGGCGGCAGCGUCCGGUGGAAGAUGCAGUGGAUCACCUCCUGCGUGUGCCAGAAGAAAUGCAACGACCCCGGGGACAUGUUCUCCGAGCUCCGGUUCCUCUAGGCCUCAGCAACCCAACUUCCCCAAAAACAGAGAAACAUAUCAGGGCUAGGCUAAUCUGUGGGCUUUCUGAAAGCUAUAGGGCAAUGCUUCUUCAGCCCUGGUCCCGAAGAACCACAGGCUGCUGGUUUUUGUUUUCACCUUAAAAUAAGUAACCAAUUCAGACUCAAGAAACCGGGUAAGGUAAGUUAACCGUGGAAUCGACUGCUUUCAUUGGUCAGUCAAGGGCUGGGUGGCGAAGAAGAUACUGUGGCUCUCCAGGACUAGGGUUGAGGACUUCUGUUCGACACAAUAAAAAAGAUGGGAUGGACUUGGAGCUGAACUGACCAUGACAAUAAUGCGAUUUGUUUUUGAAAGGGCAUUCAGUGCUUGAAAUAGGAUAAACCCAGCUUGCAUGCUCAUAAAAGAUCAUUUUCAGGGAAAAUGAAACAAAAGUUUGAAACAACAGAGUCUCCUUGAUUAGAUAGAACGCAUCUUGUAGUAUAAAUUUCAUGAGGCAGAUGAGAUUGCUUUAGACAGACACCCCUUUUGCCAGUAUAAAUGGCAGAGAUAUUUCGAACCAAUUAAAAAUGUUAGACACCGACACACAAAAGUUAAAUCUGUAGUACUCAAUGAGCAUGGCUAUGAACAUAGCCAAUUCCUUUUUCUGUAGACUUAAAAAAAAGAAAAGAAUGAAUUUAUGAUAUUUUUCAGUAUUUCAAAACAAAUUUCCCAUUUCCCGACAGUUUACUUCCCAAGUUUCAAAUCAUCCUGUAACUUGAAUAUACACAACAAAUUUAAAUAGCUAUUAAAUUAAUUUCUGGAACAGAUUUAUCUAUUUUGCUGUUUAGUCAUGUCAGUUAUGUCAUCAUAGCUAUUGAAGUUGAUUCCUUUGUAAUUAUCCUUGCCUUUGUUGCUAGGUUAAGGUGGGGUUCUAUUACAGGGGUCAUAUUGCACUUUUCCAACAAAUCAUCUUAACUACUACUCCUCUCAGAUAUAUUUCAGUACCCUACAUUAGGUGUUAUUUGGAUGUAUUACUGUAGUGAACUACAGAGGCAGCAGUUGGUUUCUUUCUGAAGCAGAGCUGCAUUUGGAACAGUUGCUCUUUGUUCCGUGAGGUGAAUUUUCACUUUGUUCUUCCAUCUGCAAGUCUAUUAUCUAUGCUCCUUAUUUUUAGGAUACCAUUGUUAAUAGCACAUCACCAGAACAAAGUACCAUCAAAUAACACAAUUUAAGUUUCUCUAGCUCCAGAAGAUACUAGAUGAGAACUCACCUACUACCUAUUUGUACUGCCAAAAUGUAAAACGCUUUUCAUUUUUCCUUAGCAUCUGAACAGUUAUCUAGAAUUAGUUAUUUUUUUUAAAAGUCAGCUACCUUUUCAUAUUACUCUUGUUCAAUUUUUAGCAAUUAGGAGUUAUUUCAGCUUAUUUAUUUUUGAAGGACUAUGAAUAGUAUAACAUUUUUGUAUUAAGAAAAAAAAUUCAUAGUGCUUUCAGACGUUUUAAACGUUUAUUGCAUUGAAAAAAAUACAUCUAAUUGUUAAAGUGUACA